CCUUCUGUCGAUAGUCCGCGGAGGCCCGUUCGCAUCUUUGUGAAGCGACAUUAAGGCCCCUUGAGGCGCCGGCCUCCUAGUAGCUGGCUGGGACUGCGAAGAUGAGCAAGCAGCCUUUGUCGCCGCCUUCUACGUGGGAGGGAGAGCAUCUCUGGCUCUACCUUCUGGCCCUGGGCUUCGAUUCGGGAGGAGCCGCCGCCGCCGGGAAAAUGCCCCUGCAUCUCCGCCUGGGCCCGAAUAUGUUUGAUAAGCCAAACAAAGAUGCAUUUCACAUUGUUUCAUUCUUCUUGUUUUCGAAGCUGGACCAGUCACGUUGUAAUGAGGUCUUUAGAUUUUGUUUCCCUCCAACAGACAAGAAGACAGACUCUGAAUUCAGGAAGCAAUGCUGCGACUGGCUAAGAAAAAUUUCAGAUGAAUAUGGGAACAGUUUUCCUUCAGUACAUGCAUCAUUAUUCCUUUCCCCUGGUGGUCCCAAGUUCAUUCACCUAAUGUACCACUUUGCAAGAUGUGUCCUGUUGCAUCACAUCAAAACAGAUUCUGCAAGUGCUGGCACAUACUUUCCUGAGUCGCUAAACUCGAGACCUCCAGACAUCGAUAUGGCCGUUGCAAGAUACUGCGUGGCAUACAACAGAUUUUUGUGGAAUCUACAAAAGGAAGAUGUAAUAAUUCAAGAACUUCAGAAAAAAGCCCUGGUUCUCAGUAAGCAAGUAAGAGAUUUAAGAUAUGAGAAUUCAGAACUGGACAAACAGCUCCAAAAAGCAGAAAAAAAUACUGAUCAGAGCCAGAAUAACAUAACAGAAAAAGUUAAAAAGGUUCGCUCUAUGUGGGCAUUGAUAAUAGAAACACUUAAGCUUCUUCAGAAAGAAAGACAGGUUGUAGAUUCGGUUGUCAAUGGUCAUGAAGGUCAGUAUAUAUUAGAUGGCACCAGCACUACUGUCAAUGUUCCAAGGCUCCUGCUUGAAAAAGUUGAAAAAGAAAUGCACAGACUACAGGUAGGAAAUAUAUAUGAAGCUGGAAGACUAAAUAUUUUAACCAUUUUUGAGUUAUUAAACAAAGCCUUGGAAAUGUUGAUGCUUGAACGCCAGCAUAUCGACAAGAAUUCACUGAAACUGGAUUUUCAGUAUUUUGAAGGAAAGGCCAAGUUUCAGAAUGAGACUUUAUUGGGGUUAAGGUCACUGAGGCACAAAUUAAGACAUGAGGAUCAUGUAUCAAUAAAUCAGUCCAUUGCUGAAAAACAAAGAGAAUGGGAUUUGAAGUGGGAGAACUGUCUUGGAGAGUCACCUUUUCUUUUCAUUAAAGAGCCUAACCCUGCACUUGAUUUAUUACCGGCUAUGCCUCCCCUUUCCUUUACCCCUGCUACAGAGGAAGCUUAUAAAAGCAGUAUAUUUUGCCAGUAUCCUGCAUCAAUUCCUGACUUGACAAAAAAGUGCAUUCAGACAAAUGAAUUUAAGAAAGACAGUGAACCAUUGAGAAGUGAAGUUGGCGUGUCUUCAGUAAUCACAGAUAGAAAUGUUACGUCUUCUCAUUGUGCUACAGAGCCUGAAAAUGGAAUGCAGAUACCUUUUGAGAAGGGAUCGUCUAUGGAAACUCCCAAGAGGACCGAGUAUUCCAGUUCUCAAAUCUUAAAAUACAAAGGAAGAAGUAAACCAGCAGAAACUUCAAGGAAAAGACAUGCUGGCAUGUUCAAAAAGCCAUCAUCAGUUACAAGUGAAGAUCCUCUUAAGAAAGCACAGGAGCAGCUGGCAGAAAUUGUGGCAGAUGCAGUUGUAUCUGAUUCGCCACAGAAUACUGAAGGAAAAGGAAAAGAGUUGGAUGACCUGAUUGGCACCUUAGCUUUUAAUCCCUUCUUAACUAGGAAACAAAUUCCAUUGACUCCGGAAAAUCUGAUUACUGAAAUCAGAAGCUCAUGGAAAAAAGCUAUUCAGGCUGAAGAAUCCCCAAGUAUAGAAUUGCAUCAUACUGCGUCAUCAGAACACAUGCCGCAGGUUGAGACUCCUUUGUUUAGAAACCGAAUAGAUUCAAGUAUGGCAUGCUUCAUGUCUGCAUGCAUAUCUGAUACAGGGGGGUCGCCAUUUGAGGAACUGCAGUCUACGUUUAGACUUCCGGAAGCAGCUACUAGCCAUAAUGAAUUGCAGUCCCAGCAAGCAGAUGUUGCCCCACCAGAUGAUCAGAUAUAUUGCAAACAAGGAUUAGUAUGUGCUGUUCCAAAUAAAUGUAAAACAGAAAAUCCAGAACUGGCUGUCAAGAGUUCUAAUGACCCAGAUUGUGGUCCAGGGGGAGAUUUUGCAGAAGAGAUCGAAUUAUCUUAUCCAUGUCAGGAUUCUUCAAUGAGUACAACUCUCCUUUGGAAUGCUUCUCAGAUAAGUGGCCUUAAUUUAGAUAGCCAAGAAGUCAUCCAUCUGGGCAUACUUCAGGAAACUCUCCCAGAGGAAGGAGGAGGAUCCAUAAGUCUUAAUAGUUCCAAUAGUUUAGAAGGAGAAGAGCUGACAGAAGAAAUCAGUGCCAGAGAUUAUCACAAUUUUGCAGACAGUGCAAGGGGAACUGAGCAAAGAUUGGACUUUCAGUCUAUUCAAAGCAGAUACGAAGCACUGAAGAAGACUUUUGUUGAAAACCAGGAAUCACCUAGAAGGCAAAUCCCGAAGGCGAGAUCAGAAUUUAGUCUUACUCAAACAAGUUUGGAAAUGAAUAAUAUGUUUAGCCCUUUGGGGAAGCCAUAUGCACUGGAUGCAGAACUUGUCAAAAAGCCAUCCCCUGUGACUCUGCUUGAAAGAAGGGUCAGUCUCCCCCCUCUUGUAGCAUUUUCUCCACUUCACCCAAGAGACAGGUCAAGCAGACACGAUCAAGGAGACAUACUUCAUAACGUGAAGGGAAAACAUUGAUGCUGGAUGCAAAGGAAUCUCCAUCUACAGAGAUCUGUCAAGAUGAAGGAUUGUUCACUGUACAGUUAUGAUGCACUGAACUUGGAUUAUAACACUUUAUAAACUCUCAUCUAAAGUAUUUUCUCCAGUUUUUAACACUUACAUUGAUACUUUGCUAUGCUAAUCCUGACAAGUAAUUGUAGGUUCCUUGCACAAUCCCCAUGAUUUUAGGACUAUUAAUGAUUUGACAGAGAUUCUGAAGCAUUGAUGCCAUGUAAGACUACUUGCAGAUAAGAGCGUUUAAUGGUAACACAGUGAAUCAGAUAUUAAAGUAUCUUGUUGAAAUGGCAAUUACAUUUUAAUCAGAUUUUGGAAGACAGCAAGACUUUUUGCAUACUUUUCCAAUGAAAAUGUUUUUGUAAAUAAUAAUUGGCUAAGCCAAUUGCCUACUCCCAUAUUUCAUUUUUUCCUCUCGAGUGGGAAACUUGGAUAUUGAGAAUAGUCUUAACUAUAGAUGUGUCAGUUUUCAGUUAUCCAAGGAUAAGCACUUACUUUUUGUGAUAUCUGUUGACGUCAUGGAAAAUGAACUUCAGUUGGUUUUUUUUGCAAGAAAUCCUAUACCUUGUGCCUAUCUCUGUGUACUAAAACACAAAAGCUACAAUUUCUUCACAAUUGCCUUGAGUACCAGUAGUGUUCUCUGGAUAUUCAGUUUUCUCUGCUUCUGGCUAGGUGGAUUUCUGUGCAUGCCCAGAAAAAGUUGGUUGGUAUUCAAUAAUUGCAUUCAGUGAAUGAUUAUCUUUAGUUCACUGACAUUUUAACUUGGGAAGUAGAGGAAUACUGACUACAGGGUGGUAAUAGAGGUGCUAAACUAGAGUAGUAGGUAUUAUGUACUAAUGCAAAUUAUGGGGAAUUUUCUUUGUUGACUUACUUGCCCGAAACCUCUAGGAAGCUCACCAAUUUCUAAUAACCAGUGACUUUGA